AUGUCAAAGAUGAAUGAAUGUUUUUCUGUGAAGCACAAGGUGAUGAAGAAGUAUGACAAAAGCGGCUCUGUAACGACGUGGACCCAGGACUGCCUGGGAUGCUUCUACCCAUGCCAGGAGUGCAACCCCAGCAGGUGUGGGCCGGAGUGCUGGUGCAACUGGUGCUGGGUCUAUGAUGCCAUCGUCACCGAGUCUGGCGAGGUCAUCAGCACCCUGCCAUUUACCGUUCCUGACUAG